AAUACGGAACCGAACACGUCCGGGACUCUGUAACAUCUUUUAUUAUAACACUAGAAACGUUUUUAAAGCGCCGCGGGCCCGAGAGAAUCCAUUUAUAGGAGGCUUGCUUGCCAUUUGCGGCUAUUGGUGAACGGUUUUUGUACAAGAGCGGGCAUUAUUUUCUCUGAACGAGAAUUUAUUUUGGCGUGUAAGAGAUACAACACACAACAUAAACGAUGGCAAACGAAGACCAACUGAUCACCGAAUACUUCAUGAUGUUUGACAAGGACGGAAACAGAACAAUCGAGCGAAAGGAGCUCAAAACCCUGCUGAAGGUCGUUUACAAGCAGAACCCGGAUGACAACAUGGUCGAACAGUUCUUAAAAGACUUCGACACUGACGGAAGCGGGACCAUUGAUCUCGACGAGUUCAAGCAAAUGUACCGUGCCAUGCCGGUAAAGCCACAGGGGCGGACGCUGAAGGAUCUCUUCACCACCUACGACAAAAACGGAGACGGGGAUCUGAGCUUUGAGGAGGUGAAGUCGUUCUUGAGUGACCUUGGAGACAACUCGCCCGAUGACUUGGUCCGGAAAUUGAUGGACGAAGUGGACGUAGAUAGGGAUGGCCGGGUGGACUUCAGAGAGUUCUGUCUCAUGUUUGGAAGGAGCAUAUCUGAUGAUUCGUAAACACGGCUACCAGUGAUUGCCUCGCUCAAGCAAUAUUUUGUCAUUAUAUAUUAUACAUAUUUCAUAUUUUGUAUGUAUCUAAAUAUAUGUGUAUGCGUAAUUGUAUUUUGAUGUGAUGUUUGGAUAACGUGAUAAAGAAUCAAACGUUCGAUAAACGGCAGAUAAUGAAUUUAUAAAUCACAGAUAACCAAGUAGUGCAAAACAAAUUCCCUUAUAAUAUGUCACCUUGUAAUAUUUUAUGAAUCUAGUUCAAUCGCCCCCAAAUAGUAUUUUGAGUAAUAAAUGUAUCUCUAAAUUUACAAAGUGUCAGAGAUAUAGUUGCAAUAUUUAGUGACAGUGUUACAAUUAUUUUAUUUUUGACUGUUUUGAUGGUUGAUGUUUUAUAAUGCAUACAUUUAUUGAAGAGGCCUAAUAUUCAUAUAUAGAUAUGAAGUAUAUUUAAACUUUUAAUUUUGCCACAUUACGGCUAUUCAAUCUUUAACAAAUAUCAACAGUGUUUUAUGUAUUAAGCAAUUAUAAUAUCAGUGAGAAUUUCUGUAACGUUUAUAGUGUAUCAUUAUUUUAUACACCUGAAGUUUUAGGCUUUUAUUGUUGUUUUCCUUUGCAAAGAAUAUACACAUAUAUAUAUACUACUGCUUGUUACAAAAUACUCUAUAUAUAGUGUUAUAAUUAUUUAAUUUUGACUGUUUUGAUGGUUGAUAAUGUUUUAUAAUGAUUACA